AUGUCUGCGAUUGUGUCCGCCCUCACCCAGUGUGAGUUGGAGGAAAACAACAACUUGGUGGAGAUCCUCAGCGUGGUGAGAUCCAGCCGGCGGUCUCUGAGCGACGCUAAACUAGCUCUGGUGGUUCGCGGCUUGUGCACCCAGAACCUGGCCCUUUUGGCCUUGCUCAGGCAGUGCGACCAGGAAAUGGCCAAUGAUGAAAAAGAGGUCUUCAAGACGUUGGUCAAUAACUUUAUUGUGUGGUUUGAGGAUGCACUUGUGGUGUUUGAACGCUACUUGCUGUGUUUCCCUUUGCCAGAGGACUACGACUACGCUAAGUUCCUGAAACCGGUGCUCCAUGUGGGCUGCUACUCGGCCUUCAUCGACCUGGCCAUCUCCAGCUUGAGAAACCCGUUCAUUGUGGAGAAAUUGACUUCUUUCAGAUGCAACAUCACCAGCUUGCUCGACCGCUACUCGGAGCACUUGAAGCUUCGUAACUUGGACAAGAUCUCGUUCGAUAAUGUCCAGGCUUUUGGCGGAAACAAGGUAUCCUGUUCAUUUACUAUCGACGAGAUUGUCGACAGAACGAAAAACGAGCCUUUGUCCGUCGGCCUGGCCCAGGUGGAAUUGCUCCUUCUAAAUCUCAAAAGCAGCUCAGGUGCUCCUCGUUCUCCAGGCUCGAAUUUCAACGCGUUGGCCGUUCUUCAGCGCCAGGGCGACGACGAUCCUCGUCUUUUGAUGUACCCUCCGUUCCGUAUCAACGAAGUUGCUAUUGGUCUUGGUAAAGAGGGCCUUUCGUUGCAAGCCAUCUCUUUCUUCUCGAAAGCUCCCCUGGACAACAUCACCAUUUCUGGAAAGCCCGAGACCUUGGAACGCUGGCACAGCAAGCUCUCCAAAAUCCUACCUCAGAUCAACAAUAAGUUCGUCCCCAGUGACAAGCUUGAGCUCGCUGGUUUGGGCAUUUCUUGCCUGAGCUCCGACGAAGAUUCGGCAGAUUCACCUAAUAACGGCAGCUUUGCCUCUUUCACGCCGCCUUCGGAGGACACCUCUGACGAGGAAGUCAAACUGCCUGCUGAAAUCAUGAGAAAGACGCUCCAAAGCGGGAGAACUUCAACCGGCGAGGUCAUCAAAACCAUGAAUGUCGUGAACAGUGUGGUUCCCGGCUCUGCAAAGGCCGAAUACUGCCAUGCUGAUGAUGUGGAGUCUGUGAUAAGCAGCGACGAUGAUGACGAGCUUGAAGCUUCUUUCGAGAUCGUUAAGCCAAAGCCCAAAUCCGUGUCGCCUCCACAGGCAACUGUUUACCGAAACGCAGCUGGUUCUGCGAUCAACAUCCACGAAUUUGGCAAGAACUACAAUCCAUCAUUUGCCUCUGUUAAUGAGAUUGGCGAGAGAAAACCAAAGAAAAACUUCCUCUCCAGCUUGUUCAAGAAGAACAAGUCUAAGGAAUCCCUUAUCGAGAAGCCAGCUGAGCUGGUUCCAGCAAAGGAGAAGCCCAGCCAGGCGCCACCAAAGAAGACAAAACCUGCUCAGAAGAGUGCUCCAAAAACUACUUCGAAGCCACAAAACAAGCCUAGAGAGCCCAGAAUCAAAAAGCCCGUCGACAAAUCGAAAGAGUUGCCUACACCUACGCUUGAGCAGCAGAAGGAGGCUCAUCAGGUCCAGAAGCCUCCACCACUUGACUUGUCCAAUAUACCCAAGAAUUCAGAGACCUCCUCGGGUCCUCUGAGUGCCACUUCCAGCACUUUCAGAAGAACAUUGCCACCCCCAUUUGCAUUGCCCUCUUCUACAUCCACCUACUUCUUCAAGCCUCCUACGCCAGCUCCAGUUAGCAACAACAACUCGUCCACGAGUUUGACGAGCAACACCUCGGAGCAGCCUUUGAAGAUUCCAGGCUCGUUGAAGGAUGUUAUCAAUUCCGAAAGCACAAUUGACUUCUAUAUCACACCCACGUCGCCAAAGACGUUGAAGGUUUCUAAGUGGAAGCACAAGUGUGCCAAAUGGGAGAUGCUUACCACCAACGAGAACCUUUUCGUCAAGAUUGUGACAAACUACGAGAUGCACAGGUCGUGGUUGCUUACCUUCAAGGAGGAGUACGACGAGGAGUACGACGAAGUCGUCGACAAGCCUCUCCUUAUCAUGAACUUGGACAACAGCACCCACGUCAGAAAGUCGUCUGCUUUGGAUUUGGAGAUCCAGGCCACCAACUCCAUUGAUGGCGAAAAGAUGCUGAUCAUGAUCCGCUGCUUGAACGGUGGCUUGAUGAACGACCUCAUGAAGAACUUGGAGGACAUGGUGGACAUGAUGUGCAGCAAGUCGCCCAGCAGAACCACACCUUCCGAGUCCAACUCCACGUUGAUGUCUUCGCUCAUGAGCAAGCCUUCCCUUUCGUCUACCUUGACCAGUAUCCAUCUUGAGGAUUCGAGAGAAAACAGCUUGAGUCCUCAGGUGCCACAAGAACCACAACAAGAAGCAGCCUCCCACAUGCUUUUGCUCGACCGCAUGACAGUGAGACUCCACAAGCAGUUGGAAUCCUACGACAAGAUCCACGAGUUGUCGUCAUGGAAAACCCUCGCCAUGUACACCUUGAGUGUGUGCCAUUCAGCCGGCAGUGUCGACAAUGGCCUGUACCAUUUAAUCUUGGAAAGCCAGGGCAGAGGCGACGAGCCAAAGGAGAUUUCGUGGUCGUUUGGCGAAGAGAAGGUGAAUGAACGUAUGGAGAAGAUUGGUAAGGCUGGGUUGUUGGUGAGACCUGGUCUGGACAUCUACAUGAUCGAGUGCAAGUGCAAGAGCCAGCUCCGUCGGCUCCAGGGACUCUUUUAG